AUGACGAUGAUGCUGGCGGCCUGUGAACCGUGUCGCCUGCGGAAGCGAAAAUGCGAUCGACUCGUGCCCACCUGCAGUCUCUGCAAAAAGAGGUCCGGCCCGUGUUUCUACGCCACCCCAUACCGCCAAAUCAGAGCCCAGGAGGUUGAGAACCAAUUGAUGACAGUUGCUGACAGCCUGCAAGCAUUGGACCGCUCGCAAGAUGUCAAAUUGUGGGAGACGGCCAAUGACCGUAUAUACUACGCCUGGGCAAUCUGUUCUCCAGAAGCAUCCGAACCGUAUCCCAUCGCUUCACGCUGGUAUAUGCCACGCUUGAUUCGGCUUUUCUGCGAGGGUUUAGGCUUGUCCAGGGUUCCUGUGGACGCUAAGAGUACAGCGUACACGCUCCAGACUGUGUGGGUGCAGAAAGCCCUGGGUGACCCUUGUCUAUUCCACGCCACGCUCUUUGCGGGAUCUUCCUACUUUGACAUCCUCCGGGGAGAAAAACAGAACCCCAUCACGAUUUACCACCAGAAUGAAGUAAUCCGACGAAUCAAUGAGCGUCUGUCAGACCCAGUCCUGGCCCUGGACGACCGAACGAUCGCCUCAGUGGCCCCGCUCGCCCUCUUCGCAGAUCUUAACAAUGACCGUGCUGCGGCCGAUGCCCACCUCUCAGGCCUGCAGAAAAUGGUCGAGCUCCGGGGGGGUCUCCAUAAAUUGGGUCUAGAUGGAGUGGUGGCGACCUUGAUGGAAAUGAAUAGAAUCGUCUACAUGAUUGCAUUUGAUCCGGAAUGGGGCUUUUCUUCGACCCUUUCGUCUCCGGCUCCACUCGGCCUCGAGCAUAGAGCCCUGAACACCAGCGCCCCCAAGAACCCGGCGUCCGAGGCUGACCAUGCCCAAAUCCAAAGUCUUUUUCAAUGGGUUUCUAAUAUCAAAGAGCAGGUCACUCUGCACGGCGCAAUAGACCCGACCCAAGCGGCAGAGCUGCCCCCUCCAUCGCAAGAUCCCAUUCACGGUUGCUGCUACUUGGCUGCGAUGAUAUUCCGGCAUCUGGUAGACAUGCAGCCCUACAACGUUGCAAAGCAAGCACAGCUAGAUGCCCUUGCCCGCGACCUGAGGGCUUCUUUGGCCCUGACAGAAGACGAACGCUGGCUCCGCGAUGCCCCCGCGGCCCUAAUAUGGACGUGCAUUACUGGGGCAGCAGCAUGCGCGGAUUCCCGAACCCGCGUCUCGUUUUACUUCAAGCAGGCCUCUGCCGUGAGGCUUCUCAACAGGCAACACGACCUCUCCGUGUUGGAAGACAUCUGGAAUCAUUAUUCGUGGCUCCGAGGGCGCAGGCUAACCCCUCUACCAGAGGCAUAUGUGAGCGAAUGA